AUGAAAUCUUGUAACAAGAUCUUACUGUAUGCUCGUCGUCUUCAAUUUAUGAAAAACUUCAUUUCAAAUACACAACAAGCUAAAGAACUGCUGAUUAAAUCGAAAGCUUUAAAAAAUAAUAAAAACGAUGCAUUAUUAGGUUCAGAAUUUGUAAAAAGGAUUGUACGAGUGAAAGAAAGACAUGAAAAAUUAAAAAAGAUAUUACAACAAGAACCAUCAACACGAAAUAAUACACGUCCAUAUCAUCGUUAUUCAGCACGUUCGUAUAUUCAACAACCACAACAAAGUGGUAAUUUCAUUCGUCAGGCUAUUAUCCAAAUCAUCGAUAUCAAAAUACACGAUCACAAUAUAAUCGUCAAUACAUCCACCACACCAAAACCUCCACGAUAUGUUGCAAGUACAGUUCCUAUAUAUCCAGAUUAUAAAAAAUAUUUAAAAUUUAAUGUAAAAAUGUGCUUUAUACAUUUUUAUGUUUGGCAUUCGGUCUGGCAUCCGCACCCCGAGUUGGGAUUUAUAAUUAUUUUCAAAAAACCUAUUUUAACACCAACGACACUCUAUUUUUAUGGUCGUGACAGCUUAGGUGUGAUAGCUUCCAUCACGUGA